CGUAGUUGUAUUUCUCAUUGAUCAGCUAGUACACUGUAUGCGUUUGUUGCUUGCUGUGGGGUAACCGUGCCAUAUUAAGUUACAGAAAUAAAAACAAAUAGUCGAGUUAAUUCGACUAGUAAAAACUGUUUUUAGUGAUGUAUUUAAGGAUAUGUUCAUUAUUAUGUUGUGCAAUCCUAUUUGGAUUUGCGACAGCAGCACAGGGCAGCGGUCCGCGCAACAGUGACAUCACCUUCACCGACGAUGCCGACAUCGAAGGAAGCGGGAUCGGAGAGGUGACCCAUGACCUGGAAUCGAGCGGGUCUGGCUUCGGACCGGACGACGAAGACACGCCUCUGAAGCCGCACGUUACGUUCAACCCGAAUGUGCAUUCUGACCCAGACAGCGGCUUCCCGAGGAACAACAUCGAGACGUCAGACCGCGACGUGAUCGUCGAGCAGAGACCGAAGAUCGAGUCAGAGCCUGCACCCCCGAGUCCCACCAAUAAUCCGGAAGUGACCAUGAACCGAAAAACGGAAGACCGCCAUACCUCAUUUUUUGCUCAACCGGGAAUCCUGGCGGCUGUUAUUGGUGGAGCAGUGGUCGGUCUUUUGUGCGCUAUAUUAGUGGUGAUGUUCAUCGUGUAUAGGAUGCGUAAAAAAGACGAGGGCUCGUACGCUUUAGGUGAACCGAAACAGUCGCCAACAACUACUUCAUAUAGUAGGGGAAACAAUAAGGAGUUCUACGCCUGAAAGUAGUGUUUUAAUUAGGGACUGACUUAACGUAACGAUCUGCGGUGGGUUAGCCUGAAGGACACGUUAGGGACUGAAUCUCUGAUGGUAGUGCAGCUUCAUGUCAAAUAACGUUUACAACCAUACUCAUUAAUAAACGCACAUUUUACUAAUAAAUUGACGCGUUUCGAUACGUAACUUCUUUUCUCAGUAACGUUUUUCAGUAAAUUUAUUUUUUAUAAAAGUAUUGAGGAAUUUUUAAUAGAUUCGGUCUAAUUGCAAAAACUGCCAAUGACGUGAGUGAACAGCUAUGUGUAAUGGGGUUCAUUGUUUCUAAAAUAAAUGUCUGAAAGUUGUUAGUUCAUUCAUCGCAUUUACAGUGGAAUGUGUAUAUAUAAAUGUAUCAAACAACAAAAACACUAAAUGUUUUUCGUCCAUUUUUAUCUUUUGAGUGUAUAGUACACGCAACAGCAGCUCUUUUGUUACACUUCAUGUCAUUUAAUAUUGUUUGACUGGGAAUGCAUGAUAUUGUCUUUGUCGUACUAUAUGCUCAAACUAUACUUAAAGGUACCUAUUUAAUAUAGUAAUAAUUAAAGUAAUAAAAGAAAUGACUAAAUAACCCACAUAGGAAUUAGUAAUGAACGGUGGAUUGAUAUGUAACGCAGGAUUUUGCAGACGCUCAUGAAGAACACUCGAUUGAACUUUGUUACAUUCCUCUUUCAUAAGAAAUAACUUGUUACGAUAUAGUAGCUUUUACUUUAUUAUUUAAUUAUAUUUAUAAUGAUGAGCUUUGUAACUUCCUGCACCGGAGAUGGAAAAGUCAGCACCGGAACGUAGUUGCCGAUUUUCCCAUUUCCCUUUUGCCAAUAUCUGUUGCUCUGCAGGUCACAUAGUGUAAAUAUAAUAGUAGGCAUUGCAGCUAUUAAGAAUAAUAAUUACAUAGUUUGCAAUAUACACCAGCACUGCAUACUAUUAUACAUAAUUAUAAUACGAUUAAUUUGUUUUUAUAUUUAUUUAACCAUUUAUGUUGUUUCGGGAGAAAUAUUAUAUAAUGUGAAUUAUAUAUCUUUACUACUUCAAUAACAUUUUUUAUUAUACAUGAUAUAAGCUCUUCAAUAACAAUUGUAUAGUAUUGAAUAGAAUAAAUGAAACGAGUAUGUAUGCACGAUGUUAUAAGUAGGUUUAAUAAUAACAUUCAAUGUAAAUAAACGUGGUGUGAAGCUGAAACACUGACUGCAAAUACCAUUAUUAAACCUACUUAAUAUCAGCUCUGUUUUCAAAUAGAACAUUUUGCGCAUUUUUCAUUUUCAGUUGUAACUUUGGAUACCCGAUCGUAGCAACAUCAUGUUUACAUACUCAAAUGUGUACAAUCCAGUUGUAAAUAAAAGAAAUCUGAA